CAGAUUAACAAGGUAGGCAAAAUAGCCGGACCUGUUGGACCUCCGGGAUUCAAUGGAAGUCAAGGACCCGCGGGACCCGCGGGACCUCCGGGGCCCAAAGGAGCUGGAAACUUAAGCACCUGUCAGUAUAUAGUAAAGACAGAAGCUGGUGGAGGAGAUCAAAUAGCCCAUGUGGACGAGCCCACUGUAAGUCACUACAAGUGUAAGGUGUAAUACUUGUUUUCUUACUUUGUCAGGCAGCCCCGUUCAAUUGCACCCCUGACUUAAAGAGCCUACAGUAUGUCACGACGAUAUUCCUCGUAUUUUAUACUAAUUCUGUGUUGAAGUCAUCACUUAGUACUUUGACAAAUUUUACCAGGGGGCUCUAACCAUGAUAUUUUAUUGUGAUUUUUGCAGGCGACAGGAAACAGGUUCAAUACCUAAAUAAAAUCUUAAAUAACAAAACUGGUUCAAGCUUGCACAAGGCUAAUGAGAUAAUUUGCAUGUUUCUUGUCCAGUUCGUGGAGGGAAGAUGAUUAUUGUUCUUAUUAAUUUUUAGUUAUUCUUUUUACAUUUAGUGAAAAAGUACAACUCCUUAUUUUUUUCUCCCUUAUAUUUUAAAAGUUGCCUUCACUAGAAAAAGAUGCGACAGCGUCAAACAGCUAAGGAGAAGCACAAAAAACUAACCCUCUAUAUUGUCUUGUUUCUCUUUCCAGGGCCAUAUUAUAAUAGCAGCAACCUGCUCUACAAACUACGCCGAAGAUGUUGAGUUUAGAUCCGCCACUGCGGUCCAUCCAAAACGGCGAUAUGUAUGCGCGUGUAGGGGCGUCAAGAAUAGUAGGCAAAACCCUAAGAACUGCUCCCUUCACUACUGGAUAUGCUUAAAAACGUAAUUACGAACAAAUCCACAGCAGAAACAGUUUGAGGUAAUUUUCAAGCGCAAAAGAAAAGACGCCUUGUCUUUCGAAAAUGACACAUCUGACGCUUUAAACGAUUCCUUUCUACCUCCCCUUUCCUAUCUAAAUUAGUUCCAAGAGUUUCGAUAAACGGCUCUUAUUUUAAUAAUUCCUUAAUAUGUGAAAAGUUCGUCUUUAUAAAGAAAUUCAACAUUGCAUGGUUAAUUCUGAAAUCUCCUUUAAUCUGGACACCUUUUGUUUAGAGGUUGGUAAUUUAUCAAAAAAUUAGACGGUAUAAUAAGUUGCGCGCCUAUCUAACUGUACAAAGGCGGUGUGGAAAAAUCGUUAGAGGAAAUACUGCACCGUUUUAUACUGCGGAACUUGAGCGAAGUCAUAUCAGUCAGGUUCAUCUGUUCCAGGCUAUGUCGUGGUCAGUUACACAUGUUAGGUCAGGUGAGCUAAAAUCAUAACGAAGCACUAAUCUAAGGUUGAAUUUAAAAAAAAAACAUAUUGUUCAUUUGAGAUGUAUUUUAAGAGAUAAUAAAUUAUUUUGUGACUUCCACGUACUGGCUUUUACCUGUAACAUCGCUACGAGGGUUGAGGGCUACGUAGAUCCUCCCAUAUAUUUUUUUUCGAAUACCCGUCCGCAUUAGGUUAUCACUUUCUGGCGAACAAGAGGAUAUACCGAAAAUUUUAAUUUCUUUUUUGUGAGAACAAGUCCCGUUUCUCUCUUUGAACUUUCUUAACUUUGCUCAACUGCGAAGCCAUUCCUGUUUUCCUGAUCGCUUGGUGAUUCUAAAUGAAGAUAGAAUAGUUUCAGACGAUUAG